AUGCAGAUCUACGAAAGGGUGAAGAAUGAUUUCAAGACCGAUGUCACCUGGAACCGGGUCAUCCGUUACGGUGUUCAAGGCCUGCGUGCCACCCCCCAGGCGGCGGGGAGAUAUGUCGCGGAGAAGGCCCCUAUCAUCGGCUGGCUGCCACGAUACAACUAUCGAUGGCUCCUGACCGACUUCAUUGCCGGCUUGACGGUGUCACUCAUGUUGAUUCCCCAAGGUCUGGCCUAUGCCAAAAUUGCCAAAAUCCCUGUUCAGUAUGGCCUGAUGUCCUGCUGGGCGCCUGCGAUCAUCUACACCAUUAUGGGCACGUCAAAAGAUGUCUCCACUGGACCGACUUCAUUGAUCGGGCUGAUGACGGCACAAGUCGUGGACGACCUCAAAAAGGAAGGAUACGCUCCAGAGGCCAUCUCAUCUGCGGUUGCCCUCUCCAUGGGCAUCUAUAUGGCCGGCCUAGGUGUUUUGAAGUUGGGUUUCUUGCUCGACUUCAUUUCCUACCCUGUGCUUACCGGCUUCAUCUCCGCCGUGGCCAUCACCAUUGGCCUCGGCCAAGUCGCCAACCUCAUCGGCGAGCAAAACGUCGGCAGCGGUACCGCGAACCAGAUCCAUGACAUCCUGACCAAUUUCGGGACUUGCAAUGGGCGUGCUGCGGGCGUUGGCUUCGCUGGCGUUGUUCUCCUGAUCCUCUUGCAAAAGGCUGGUGAGAAAUGGGGCAGCAAGAACAAAAUCAUCUGGUUCUUGUCCAUCACUCGGGCUUUCAUCUGUCUUCUUUUGUUCACCGGCAUCAGCUACGGCGUCAACAAGGGACGUGAUAGCAAGCACUACCUGUUCGAUGUCAGCAAAGUCCCCUCUCUCGCCAUCCCCUCUCCCAAGCCGGUGGACUCUGCUCUGCUUGGGAAAGUUGUUAGUCGCAGCAUUGCCGCUUUUCUUGGUGGCUCCAUUGAGCAUCUCGGAAUUUCCCGCGCCUUUGGCUUGAGAAACAACUAUGUCAUCGAUCCCAGUCAAGAGCUUUGCUAUCUGGGGGUGACGAACAUCUUCAACAGUUUCUUCUCUGUCAUGGGCGUCGGUGGCGCCAUGUCCCGAACAGCCGUCAACUCCCAGUGCAAUGUCAAGUCCCCGCUCUCUGGCCUGGUGACCACCGGUGUCAUCGUUCUCUCCAUCUACAAGGUGACCGGAGCCUUGUACUGGAUCCCGAAAGCCACACUUGCCGCCAUUGUCAUCACGGCCAUCUGGCCCCUCAUCGGCAAACCAAGCACUUACUACCAUUUCUGGAAGACUUCAUUGGCCGACUUUAUUGCGGCCAUGGUCGCAUUCUGGGUGUCCCUGUUCACCUCGACUGAGAUCGGUAUCGCCAGCGCCGUGGGUUUCAAUAUUGUGUACGUCUUGCUCCGUCAAGUUUUCAAACAAGUGAAGACGAUCGGAGCAGACUCCCGUUCGGAACUUGCGGCUUCUUUGGAUGGGUCGCGCGGGAUGCCGCCCCAUAUUCCCCCGGACACCCGGGUCUUCCGCUUCGAAGAAUCCUUCUUUUUCCCCAACAUCCAGAGGGUCAAGACCAACAUUCUGGAUGUCAUUCAAACAUACCAUGCUCCCGAAUAUAACAAUCGCAAUGGCGAGGAGGCUGAGCGAAACUGGUCUGUUGAGGGAGAGAAACGCAUUGCCCGGCUGCGCAAGAAGGCCAAGACCCAAGGAGCCAGCUUACCGCCCAUCAACGUUGUGAUCCUGGACUUUUCCAAGGUCAACUACUUCGAUACCAGCGGUGUCCAGGGCCUGAAGAACUUCUUUGCUGAGCUGAGGCACUAUGCCGGUGAAGGCACCGAAGUCCGGUUUGUUGCUCUCAACGACCUGACUCGCGAACGCUUUGAGCGGGCGGGCUGGAUCUUGCUGGACGGGGACACUUCAAUGGACACCUCGAAAGUAACGUCGGUGAGGGUAUUCCGGACAGUGGCCGAUGCUGUCGUGGCCUCGAGACAAGAUCACGAAAUCUGCGAGGUCGUCGUCAAGACGGACAGCAGCGAGGAGAACACCACAAUUACCCAUCGUGAGAAGAUGUGA